ACCGUGUCACCGCCCAUUUCGCCCGUUGAACCAUUUCUCUGCUUGUUGUUCCUCGGAAAUAACAAUCGGCGGCCAUUUACGGACCACAAUAUUCGUCAAGACAGCGAUGCGGCCAUCAACGCGCGACGGGUUUGAGAUUGCGAUCAUCUGCGCGCUUACGAUCGAAGCUGAUGCUGUCGAGGAGCUUUUCGACGAGACCUACGACAGGCUUAGCCAGCACUACGGUAAACAACCAGGGGACAAUAACGCGUACAUUAACGGCAAGAUCGGACGGCAUGAUGUCGUGUUAUGCUAUUUGCCCGGGAUGGGCAUAGGAAGUGCCGCUGCUGCCGCUGCGAAUCUGCGCGUGAGCUACCGGCAAAUCAAACUCGCUUUGCUGGUGGGAAUUUGCGGAGGCGUUCCAUUCCUUCGCGACAAGACCGAAGUUAUUCUAGGAGAUGUCAUUAUCAGCAACAGCGUGGUGCAAUAUGACUUCGGUCGACAGAAUCCAGAUGGUUUUCGCCCUAAAAGCGAUGUGACGGAGAUCUUAGGCAGGCCGACCCCUGAAAUUCGAGCUUUCCUUGCGGCACUGGGUGGCCGGAGAACACGGAAUGAACUCCAAGAGCGGACACACCAACACCUUGCGAUCCUCCAGACUAAACCGGGUAUGGGCUGGCAGCAUCCAGGCAUCUCGCAAGACAUGCUUUUUGAGCCCACCCUUCGACAUAAACACCACGGCGAACGCUCCGACACCCAGUGUGUGUGCCUUGACUGCCAUUCUAGCGGGGACCCUGUUUGCGACUCGGCUCUACAAGGAGACUGCUAUACCUUGGGAUGCACAGACGCUAUUAUCGCCCGUAAUAGACACGCAGUCGGGGUCAUUGACCCAACAAUUUUCAUCGGGAAAGUGGCAUCCGCUGAUACUGUGAUGAAAUCAGGCGAACAUCGCGACAAGAUUGCCGAACAAAACGGAGUCAUCGCCUUUGAAAUGGAGGGAGCUGGCGUGUGGGAUAACUUCCCGUGCAUCAUAAUCAAGGGCAUCUGUGAUUACGCGGACAGCCACAAGAACAAAAUCUGGCAACCAUACGCUGCAGGCACGGCUGCCUGUUGCUCAAAAGCAUUUUUGGAGUAUUGGCUACCAUCCUCUACCGGGUGUGAGUACUCCGAAGCCUUAGACGAUUGGACGUUAACAACUGACUUCCCCGCUGCCCCGGAAAGCUCAUCGUCGUUGUCGGAUAUGGCCCGCUAUCUGAGGGAGUAUUACACCACGCCACCACGCCUGAUGGUCCAGCGAAUAUCAGGUGAGCCUCUCCCAAUGCACCAAUGCUAUAUCAACCUGGCAUUGAUUGAGCAAAAGGGAUUGGCUAACAGAGAUGGUGGUGACAACGCCUCGCCAUCUUCGCUGUUCUCGCGCCUGAAAGUGGACACGGUCAAAGAAGGGGAUCAGGUGGCAUUAGCACAUUUGUUCGAUUCGCGCACGAGCAAUGACGGAACAACCACCUCACCACGGCGCAUUCUUAUUCAGGGCCGUGCUGGUGUAGGGAAGACAACUUUGUGCAAGAAGAUUGUGCAUGACUUCUUGUAUCAGGGCAUGUGGCAGGAACACUUCAACGUUUUACUCUGGAUACCACUUCGGAGCUUAAAGGGAAUUUCAAGUGAGAAUUCGACACUAGAUGACAUUUUCCAUCGCAAUUUCUUCUCACACUUGUCACACGGCAGAGAACUUGGCAGUAGGCUGCAGGGAAUGGUGUCUAACUCCAUCUACAGACCUCGAGUCCUGUUGAUCCUUGAUGGCUUGGAUGAAGUGUCACAAGAGUGGAAUUCCGAAACGCCCACAUACAAUCUACUGCUACGCCUUUUGAACUUUCCGCAGGUCGUUAUUACCUCCAGGCCCUAUGGAAUGACCCUAGCCAAGGGUUUCUUCGAUUUGGAGCUUGAAGCAGUCGGGUUUCAAGCAGAGCAGGUCGAGGCAUAUAUCCAGAAGCUCACGAGUCACAACCCUGAUAAAGCUGCCAGCAUCCUAGCAUUUGUCCGUAAGCACGAGGUUAUUGAAGGGCUUGUUAGGAUUCCAAUUCAGCUAGACGCAGUGUGCUAUACCUGGGACCGGGGCGUCAUGGGGCGCGAAGGGCCCAGGACGAUGACAUCUCUUUACGAAACGCUUGCACUGAAGCUCUGGCAGAAAGAUGCCUUGCGGCUGACAGACUCGACGUUGAAUGAAGACACCAUCCGGAGCCUUAGCGCCUUGCAGAUUCGUGAGCUGGUUCCGCAAGAGAUCGAUCUGAUUGAGCGACUGGCGUUUAGUGGAAUGUACAACGGCAUCAUUGAAUUCAGGCCAGAUGAUCGGCACCGGAUAUAUGAGCUACUCCGACAUCAGGGUGUGACGGUUCCCAACAUGCCCGAAAAGACCAUGCAAAAGAUUUCCUUUCUGCACUCGUCGGAUCCAGCAGCCAUAGAGGGGGAGCGCAGCUAUCAUUUCUUACACCUCACAUUUCAGGAAUUCUUCGCCGCCCGGUACUUCGUGCGGUGCUGGAGUCAGCUGGAAGAUUUGUUAUGUUUGGGACUCAAGCCAGGCCUGCCCGCCAUUACUCGAAUCACGCCGCGGAACUUUCUUGGCGCAGAUAAAUAUGGCUCCGGGUAUGAUAUUAUGUGGCGGUUCGUAGCGGGCCUCUUUUCAAGCUCUUCAGGCUCUGUGGAUGUAGCAGAGGCGCUCGACGAUUUCUUCAACCAGAUCGAGGCUGAGCCCCGGGAUAUCCUCGGCCCUGUCCACCAACGGCUCUUGAUCCAUUGCUUGAACGAGGUGAUUGCGGACGAAAAGGACGACUGGAAUCGAGCAGCCGUGGAAACAACGAUCUUUGAAUGGACGAGGUGGGCUUGCGCCAUUGGGUGUUUGCAAUCAUUCACGUCGGCAAGAGAGUUUCCAGAUCAUAUACUGAUGCGUCUCGUACGGGAUGAGAAUGUGGAUGACACGCGUGAAAGAAUUAUCCUGGAGCUCCUAUGUCGAGGGACCUUAGGCCCGGCAGUUGUGGAAUACCUCUGUUCUCAAUCAGAGACCGAUCCACUGGCGGAGCUUCCAUCUUUCGAGGCAUUAGGUCCAGCAGCGUUGGCACUGGCAGCCUUUGAGGCCAUGCUUCCAGUAGUACAAAGAGACCCGACUGAAACAUUAUACGUUUGGGCUUUGGCGAGACAACUAAGGCAAUACCUUCCGCAGCUUUUUCAGCGUCUCCUUCCGUACCUAGACUCUGAGAUUGGUCCUGUGCGCAUGACUGUAACAAGGGCGCUACGCCGCUGCCAAUGCCUCCCUCCCGGGGGAAUCGAGGCUCUGCUUAGCCUCCUUGAACCUACCAGUAACCGUACUUGUGAUAUUAUUAGUAUACUUGGCGAGCAGAAGCCGUCAUCACCCGCGGUCAUCGAUGCUCUUCUACUGCUCUUGGAAAGUGAUCAUUUGCGUGUCAGAACUGAAGCAGCAGAAGUACUGGCUAAACAAAGGCCUUUAACGUUCCGGAUAACUGAUGCGCUUUUUGCUGCACUAGAAAAUGGCCGGAUAAUUGCAUCUGGUUACGUGGUAACUUGCCUCAUUUCAUAUCAGGAACUGGAACCUGCCACCUUGCGUCGUCUCCUGAAGGCGGACGUAACACUAGCUAUGAACGCACUUCAAGCCAUGAUUUAUCACCGGCGGUCUUCCCUAGCUUCCGAACUUGACGAAGUGCUGCUCGAGUUUAUGGACCACGAUGACAAACAUGUAGCAAUACUUGUCGUUUCAGUGUUGGCUAUGCAGGAAUCACUGCCAACGGUGGUGGCAUCGGCCAUUGUGAACCUUCUUAGUGACGAUAAUGAGAAAAAGGCGUUUUUUGGAGCUAUAGCAUGGUAUCGACAACCUGAUCCCUGCCCACCAUGCAUUGGAACAGAUAAUAUCAACUAUCGCGCUGUCGUACCAUGCGUGGCCAGGUGUAUGGGCAGGCAGUUACCUGUGUCGGAGGGCGAUUUUCAACAGCUCCAGCACUUUUUCGAAUCGAAAAUCGCAUCAGCUGCAAUAGCUGAGACUUUAUGCAAACAAUCACCAAUCAACUGGGAUGCAGUGAGCUGGCUUUUGAAAUAUGACGUCUCGGAGCAAGCAGUGUGGUAUCUCUGGCGUAGCAGGGUACCUGUACCGCCCGAAGCUAUUGACAGUGUGUUAACGUCCACUACGUCUCGGUACGACCUAACUGCAUUGCUAUGCUUAAAAUCGACUGACUCCAUCAAGCAACUAGAAAGGAUUCGCGCAUUCCUGGUCGAGUAUGACCUAUAUUUUGAUUACGAUCUUCUGAAAGAGCUCCAGCAGAAGCCCAACCUUCCGGAGAUAAUGUUUGAGGACUUGCUUGGGCUACUGCUGGUCCGCAGGGGGGAAUAUAAGCGACGUCUUGUGGAGCGUCUAUUACGGAUACAUGGCAAGCUGCACCACAACCUUCCCGCCAGGUCAUGGUCCAUCCUAUACGGUGUCUGGCAAGACCGGAGCUGGGAGGAACAAUUAAGCUGCUGCCUCAUCGACAACUGCCUCGUCCUCGACACUCCCGAGGGAGUAACGAAAAUAGUAUUUGGAAAGAAGCAACUGCGCGCUUUCAAACAUGCUGUUCGGACGGAGCAACUCAGAAGAGGAGUUCCUGCCAAUACACUAUUUCCGGAAAGUCGAAGGGACGGAGUAAGAGCUCGCUUGACGGGUGCUUUGUUGUAGGGUUGGUUCUGGUGUUAUCCGAAGAGCGAGCCUGGGAUUUUGUUAUUAGUGGUCAAUUGCUUCCUCUCUGCUUCCUUUCUGUUGCCUGUUGCCCAUGUGAACUUCCUCACGAGGACUUAACUGAUCUUGGCGCGACGCGAUGAGAAAGAACAAGCAGAGAGAGAUGAGAAGGAUAGUGAGCGGGCAAAACUACCACCCGAGGCGGAUUCGAGACCGAGGUGUGUUGCGGAGGCUGAUGGCCAGGGGCUGGAUUAUGAGGCGGAUUCGGCGCCUUUAAUGAGGUUGAUUCGGUGGCAAUUCUGGAGGCGGAUAGUACGAGGGUUUUUGGGCCGCCGGUAGAGUUGGAUUCGACGGAGGUUAAUAAGUAGGUGAUUCCUGACGGAG